CAAGGAGCCGCUGUCAGGAGAGAGAAGAAGAAGAAGAAGAAGAAGAAGAGGAGGAAGAAGAAGAGGAAGAAGAGGAAGAUGGCGAGAGGCCACAGUCUGAGGAGAGUGGCUCAGUGUCUGAAACAGUUUCCGUCUGUCAGCAGAGAAGUUCCGAGCAGGAGCAACGUCAGGUACCUGUCGUCAUGUGGGAUCCUGAUGACACGGGUGCCUCCCCUCCUGAGUGCGGCCAUGCCAGGGCGUGGUGUCGUGUUGCCGGCCCGCAGCUUCUUCAACCUGGCUGACUCCUUCUCCAAGAGGAAGGAGUACUCAGAGAGACGCAUCAUUGGGUAUUCCAUGCAGGAGAUAUAUGAAGUGGUGGCCGGCGUGGAAAACUACCGCCUCUUUGUUCCCUGGUGUAAGAAAUCUGACGUGGUGUUUAGGCGAUCUGGUUUCUGCAAAGCCAAACUCAGCGUGGGCUUUCCUCCUGUGGUGGAGAACUACAACUCUCUUGUCACUACAGUGCGCCCCCACCUGGUCAAGGCGUCCUGUUCAGAUGGGAAACUCUUCAACCACUUGGAGACGGUUUGGCGCUUCAGCCCUGGUCUCCCGGGUUACCCUCGUACCUGCACUGUGGAUUUUGCUAUCUCCUUCGAGUUCCGUUCCCUCAUCCACUCUCAGCUCGCUCACGUCUUCUUCGACGAGGUGGUGAAGCAGAUGGUGUCUGCGUUCGAGCGCCGCGCCUCCAAGGUAUACGGCGCAGAGACGCCCAUCCCUCGCGAGCUCAUGUUCCACGAGAUUCACCACACGUAGCGCCGCCUCCCCAAAGGCAAACACAAAUAUCCGAUGCCAACGCCAGAAAGGAUGAGGGAGGAGAAAGUGUUAGAAAGACAACCCGUGUUCUAACUGAGAGUCACAGUGCCUUUCUCACAGCUACGACCAAGUUCAUUCCCAACAAUUUCAUAUCUAAUAAGUGACAUGGAUCCGGCGCCAAGCUUUCACCUUCAUGCUCAACGUUUCAUUCAGUCAUUUCCACUUUCUGAGAUAAAUCUGUGCCUGGUUGUUAAUCUGAGUUCUCAGGUUGUGAGCGUUGAGGUGAAACCGCGGCAGCUCUGUCGGGUCAUCACACCUGUACACACCAGUCGUUCACUUCACUGCUCUAACUGACUGUUUCACUUGAGCUGCUGUCGACUUCACUUUCAAAAGCUACUGCAUCAGUUCAUUCAUCAAUGGAUCAAUCGAGAAAUUCUUUUACCGAUAAUGGAAGUAAUCAAGACCUCGACUUCCUGUUUUCAAACCGCGGAGAUUCAAACUGUAGUUACAGCAGUGCAGCUCGUUACGACACAUUCACAAAACAUUUUAAAUGGAAACAAGAACUUGUGUCCUCAUGUCUGGGUCAUGUGACUGUCAUGUGGUCGUCGUACAGGAGCGAGGUCAAAGGUCAAAGUCUUCUCACGAUGUGAUGACAUGAGCAGCAGCUCUAGUUGUUGUAAGACCAGGGUCCAAGUGUUAAAACCUCGAUGCUCGUCUGUGAUGACUUAAAGCAACAAAGCAGAAUAUUGAAGAUCAAAGACUAAAUUAUUGUUUUUUUUAUCUCCAUCAUCAAAGUUUAAAACUUGAAACUCAACAAAGUGACAUGAGCUCAGAGGCUUUUCACUGCAGACACAUGAUGAGAACACGUAGUGAGUGGAGACACUGUCACUGGACAUUUUGUAUAAAGAGGACGAGCAGGAGGACGUGUAGACAACGAAACGACGCAUAUACGCAUAUAUACGAAUAUAUACGACAUGAACUGUACACAAUCCGAAACACACACCUUCUCUGGGUGCUGAACUUUUAUCUAGAGGGCUCUGUUUUUUUUCUCAAUAUUAUGCUCAUCUCGUUGUUCAGAGAGCGAUGCUGGACAUGAGAGCUGCUGAAUUAUCCAGCAGAGGGUGUUUUACUUCUUCUUAAGUAUGCAAUAUGAGCUGUGUAAGCGUUCUUUUAAAUACACAAACAUUUAAACCCUCUGUCCAUGUAAAGGGCCCAAACUGGCUGACGACACAGAGACACCGGCCUGUGUUCAUUGAACGUCACAGGAGAGAAUGUUGUUUUCUGAGCGUGAACAACGAGACACAUUAGAGUGAGUGAAAAUCGAAUCGACAGAUCUUCAAAUGCUGAUAAAACACUAAAGUGACUCUAUUCUUGAUGCUGUUGUUAUCAACAACAACAAUAAUAAUGAUAAUAACAGAAAACAGAGGCCGUUAUUCAACUGCCAACAUCGAGCGUCUUCUCUAAACUCACGUGAAGACACUUCUGCAUUUGUAAGUGAAAAUAAUCUUUAUUUUUAACAUUAAGGAUUAGAAGCGUAAAUUAGAUUCUUAAUGUGUCCGUGCAGAUUCAGACUGUGAGAGGUUGAAUAAAUACAGGCCGUGCAUGUGUCUUGUCGGUCAGGACGUUGUUUCAGUGAGGUCAUCGGCCCUGAACCCACGUCGCUCACAGAGUGCCUCCUGACCGACUGGCAGCAUAUUUAUCUCUAUUUUUAAACAUUAGACUCGUAUUUAUUACUUAGUUUAAAGUGUAAAUAUUGGUAAUGAGAUCACAAGACGUAAAUACACACUGCUUUUAAAGAGACUAGGUUUGUGUCCGUGUGCUCGAUGGGACGGGGGACGGGACUUCUUGGGAAGAUGAUGUGUUGAAAGUUGGAACAAGUUCAGAAAGAUUUACCAACUGCAUGAUUUAUAAAGUAUUUUUUCUAAAAAA